AUGGCCGACCAGUGGUGGGAUAGUACCUCUCACAGGAGUCACGGCGCGUCAGCGUGCUCGGCCGCCGCGCCGCCGCCGCCGCUCACGGUCACGGGCGGCAGGCUGGCCUGCGGCUGGGCCUCCCCCACCGCAGCCGCCGCUGAGUCGACGAGCUCCGUAACCUUCCAGGAUCCCUGCUACAGGAGCUCCACCCAUCAGCAGCCUCUGUCUGAUGCCGCCUCGUCGCUCGGUGAUCCACACAUGGACUGGACGCAGGCCUUCUUGAGCGGGAGGAGUGAUACCAGCUUCCAAGCCGUGCUCCAAGAACAACCCCCCGCGAUGAACGAUCCAUUAAUCAGGGACGGCGACAUGGGUGCCGGCUUCUUGGUCGACCAGCAGGCGCAGCUAGCGCCGUCGCCCUACGCCACGGACCCAUCGCAAGCUCAAGCUCUAUUCGACGACGCGGCGGCGGUGCACAACAUUUCGAUGUACGGAGACAGCGAGUCCUCGGUCAGCUACGACGCCACGGCGGCGUCGAUGCAGUUUUCUUCCCAGCUGCUCAAGACCUCGGUGCCCGCGGCGUCUACGCCGAUGCAAGGCGUCGGCGUCGGCGCUCCGAUGCAGUACUUGUCCGCCGGCAGUUACCUUCCUUUCGGUGUCCCGCUGCCGUCCCACCUUCUCUUGCAGGCCCUGCAGGCAGCUGAGCCCAAUAGCCGCAGCUCCAACGCUAACUCUCUGACGGUGAAGGACGACGGCUCUCCACCACCGGCGACGAGGAAAAGCGUCUCCGAGCCGCCUACUACCGCCGCGAAAAGGCCACGGAUCGAGGCGCCGUCGCCGCUGCCGACUUUUAAGGUGAGGAAAGAGAAGCUAGGGGACAGAAUCACUGCGCUCCAGCAACUAGUCUCGCCUUUUGGAAAGACUGAUACCGCAUCGGUUCUUCACGAGGCCAUCGAAUACAUCAAAUUCCUUCACGACCAAGUUGCGUCACUGAGCUCUCCCUACUUGAAAAAUGGGGUUCCCAUGAAGCAAUUCCAGCACAAGGGCUCCGAGGAUUCCAAGGACAACGGUGACACGAAGCAUGACCUGCAGAGCCGAGGCCUGUGCCUUGUCCCAGUGGCGACCACAUACACGGUGGCGGCCGAGACGCCGGAGUUCUGGCACCCUACAUUUGGAGGCACAUUCCGGUAG